UACGUUGGCAGUACGUUGACACUUGUAGUGGUGUUGAUACAAUUUUAUUUUGCACUUAAUUAUUAUUGUUGGUUUUGUUAAAAAAUUAUACAUCGAAAUGGCGUUGGCAAUGCAAAGAAAGGCAAACGUUAGGUUGCCCCCCGAGAUCAACCGUAUUUUGUACAUAAGAAAUCUGCCUUACAAAAUAACAGCAGAGGAAAUGUACGAUAUUUUUGGCAAAUAUGGCGCCAUCAGACAAAUUCGUGUGGGGAAUACUCCGGAAACAAGGGGAACAGCAUUUGUUGUGUAUGAAGAUAUUUUUGAUGCCAAGAAUGCUUGUGAUCAUUUGUCAGGGUUUAAUGUUUGUAAUAGGUACUUAGUUGUGUUGUAUUAUCAAGCCAGUAAAGCAUUUAAGAAGACCGAUAUUGAGAAGAAACAGGAAGAAAUUGAUAAGAUGAAGUCAAAAUAUGGCAUUAAUACGUAAAUAGUGCUGAUUGUUUUUGAAUGGAUGAUGUGUGUGUGUGUGAGAGUUUUUAUGCUACAAAAUAAUAUGUAAUAGUUAAUUUAAGAUUUUGUAUGUAAGAAUUCUGAAAUAUAAAAAUAAAUAAUUAUUGUGAAAAUAA